AGACGAGAGCAGGCAUCCACUUCCGCCUUUGCUGCGGAUCCUAAGUUUCAUCCGGGGUUUCGAGCUGACCCGCGAUGUGACCCGUCAGUACGGCAAACAUGGCGGAGCCUUCGCUUGGGACCGCAAGCCCAGGUGGUUCGGCUGCUUCAGAUGACCACGAGUUUGAGCCAUCAGCUGACAUGCUUGUUCAUGAAUUUGAUGAUGAACGAACUUUGGAAGAAGAGGAGAUGUUGGAGGGAGAAGUCAACUUCAGUUCAGAAAUAGAACACCUCGAACGAGAAAGUGAAAUGCCAAUUGAUGAGUUAUUGCGACUAUAUGGUUAUGGUAGUACUGUUCCACUACCUGGAGAAGAAGAAGAAGAAGAAGAGGAGGAGGAGGAAGAGGAGGAGGAGGAUGUGGAUAAUGAUGGUAACAGUGGCUGCAGUGGAGAAAUUAAGGAUGAAGCUAUUAAGGACUCAUCAGGUCAGGAAGAUGAAACACAGUCUUCAAAUGAUGAACCUACUCCAUCUGGUACAUGUAGGGAUGUACGAGAAGUAAUCCGUCCACGUCGAUGCAAGUAUUUUGAUGCAAAUAAUGAAAUAGAAGAGGAGUCUGAGGAUGAUGAGGAUUAUGUACCUUCAGAGGACUGGAAAAAGGAAAUUAUGGUGGGAUCCAUGUUCCAGGCUGAAAUUCCAGUUGGUAUUUGCAGUUACAGAGAAACAGAAAAAGUAUAUGAAAAUGAUGACCAGCUACUCUGGAAUCCAGAAUAUGUUAUAGAAGAUAGAGUAAUAGACUUUUUAAAUGAAGCAUCCAGAAGGACUGGUGAAGAAAAAGGGCUAGAAGCUAUUCCUGAAGGAUCUCACAUAAAGGAUAAUGAGCAGGCCCUUUAUGAACUAGUAAAAUGCAAUUUUGACACAGAAGAGGCAUUGAGAAGAUUAAGAUUCAAUGUCAAAGCAGCCAGAGAAGAACUUUCCAUUUGGACUGAAGAAGAAUGUAGAAAUUUUGAGCAAGGUCUUAAAGCAUAUGGGAAAGAUUUCCACUUGAUUCAGGCUAACAAGGUAAGAACAAGGUCUGUUGGUGAAUGCGUGGCAUUCUACUACAUGUGGAAAAAAUCAGAACGUUAUGACUUCUUUGCCCAACAAACUCGAUUUGGAAAAAAGAAGUACAACUUACAUCCCGGUGUAACAGAUUACAUGGAUCGUCUUUUGGAUGAAAGUGAAAGUGCUACAUCCAGCAGGGCGCCGUCUCCCCCACCAACUACCUCCAACAGCAGUACUAGUCAGUCAGAAAAGGAGGAAUGUACAGCAAGCAACAACACUCAGAAUGGUGUUUCUGUGAAUGGCCCAUGUGCAAUGACUGCAUACAAAGAUGAAGCCAAACAAGGUGUGCAUUUAAAUGGACCUACUAUGAGUAGCAGUGACCCAUCUCCUAAUGAAACUGACACCAAUGGGUAUAAUCGUGAAAAUAUUACUGGUGAUUCCAGAUUUAGUCAUAUUAGUGGAAAAACUGACGCAAAUCUAGAUGAUAAAAACGAAAGGCCAAUAAAAAGGCGACGUAUGGACAGCCCGGGGAAGGAAAGUACAGGAUCAUCUGAAUUAUCUCAGGAAGUGUUUUCACGGGGAGAGGUUUAAACAUUUUGCAAAUUUUGAGGGGAAAGGAAUUUUUUUUGGGGGGGGGGGGGGAGUUUCUGGGGAUCUUGGAACUUCAGGGUUAUUAAAUUAUUUAACAAGUUAUUUUUUGUAUUAUUUUUCUAUUUGUCCCAUGCACAUUUGAGCCCCACAGAAGCGUGAAAUAUUUUGUGUAGUUGAAUAGUGACAUUUGUAAGCCCUUUUGGGAAAUAUAAGGACCCCCAGAGCAUGUCCAGUGCUCAGCAGAAAGCAGUUAUCAUUCUUACAGGAAGAAAGUCCUUUAAACAAAAAAUGUUUGUUUUAGAAUAUGUCUUAGUGCAAUUGCAGUGGAAAAUAUUAACCCUGGAAGUUGUUGGUAUAAUUUUUUAGGUAGAUGUUAAGAAUAAACCAAAUGAGGUUUGUGUAUGUAAUUUAUUGACAUCAAUGAUGUCUUUCCUAUUCCUAUCUGGGCUGAAAAAGAUACAUUCUGUAUUUUUCCAGAUUUCUUUGUAGCCUUUGAAAGAUUUUUACAUUACCUAUGUUUUGAUUGAACUGCCCUUUCUUAAACAAAGCUUGUAUAAUUUUCUUAACUUGUACAGUUGAUAAACUUUUAUUAUAAAAAAAAAAUAUUCUGAAAGUUGUAUGUUCUUGCUAAAAUAGGCUUCAUUGGACUCAUUUUCCUUUUUAAUGUUUACAUUGUUUUUCUUUCAUUGUCUUCCUGAUUAAGUUCAUUUAUAAAUUAAGAAGAAUCACUUGGCAGGUUUUAAUUUCAUCACAUUGUAGAAUUUUCUAUUGCUCACACAUUGUGCAAUUUUAGCAUGAGCAAAUUGCUGGUAAAUCAGUUAUAUGCUUAAUUUGUAUUGUGUCGCAUCCCAUUCUUGGUCCCUAAAGUUGCAAGUGUUUGUGAAUGGUGUGGUAAAAAGUGAAUAUUUGUAUUCAUCUUUCAAGUGCACAUUUUGAAUCAUUUCCAUAUCCUCGUGCUUUGAUCUUUUGACCUGUGAAUUGUCCUUUGUUGCUCAACCACAGCCCCCAGCUUUGGUUAUGUGGAUGUAUUGGCAGUUAUAAUUUGGCAAUGGAAGGAGAGCCACAGCUAGGGGAGCACUGAUCAGCUGAAGCACUUACAUGAAAAUAUUGUGUAAUAUUUUUUAACACACAUUAUCCCCACACGUUUUUUUUUUCAGGGGAGCUGUAUGCAUGGUUUAACCUGACCCAAAAUAUGCAUUUAUAGGACUGAUAUUUUAAGAGUCUUUUUAAAAAACAUACUUUUUGAUGAAUUAGACAAAAAUCAAUUGAUACUGAUUGCUACAUUAAAAGUUUAACUUAGUGUAAAACCUUUUUUACACCUUUCCUUUUUGUUUCUAAAUUGAAAAAUUGCAGACUUGGAGUGUAGGAGGGUGGGUUUGUCUUUUUCAUAAUUGUUAAAUAAAUAUGCAAUUUUUUUUUUAAUUUUUUUUUUAAAUGCCGAUUUCUGUAGCAUGGGAACACAGAGUUUACACCUGUUUACAUUUGUAUAUAGUGCAUUGUAUGUAGAUUUUAUUAUAAUCCAGUCGCUGGCAGGUGCAUUGGUAGACCCACAAUUUCAGCCAGUGCACACUUCUGGAAUGAAGGGAAAGGAGGAAUCCUUACACGUGGGAUAUUCAGUGCUGUCUAGGUGACAAUAGUACAGGUUAGGUAACGCCUACUUAUGCAUUUUAGUAUCUUAUCUGUGAAACAUGCAAAUUAAUUUAUUUUAUUGCAUCAGCUUGCAAAAAUGAUAAUUUAUGACAAAUUUUGGCUUUAAUAUCCUCAAACAUUUUUCUAUGGUUAUAGAUUAUUCACUAUAUAUAUAUAUAUAUAUAUAUAUAUAUAUAUAUAUAUAUAUAUAUAUAUAUAUAUAUAUUAGAGUGUCUUAUAGCAUAAGAUAAUUUCAUUUGCAUUUUUGCUAACCAUACCACCUUUUGUUUCUUUUACUGGUGUCCUUUGUUUUUCUGAGCUUGCUGCCAUCAUUUUUUUUUUUUUCUUUUUAAGAUAUAUCUUUGUGUAAAGAAAAUAAAUAAUGUAAGGCAUACUUUAUUGACUAAAGAUUUGCAGUUAUUAAUUAUAAAUUUCACUCCCUGUCUUGCAUUGUUGAAAAAAAAAAUAUCAGUUUUAAAUAUUACAUAAAUAUAUGUUUUGGGAUGGUGAUAGAAAGGAGUUCUGCAUGAUAGUAGAUCUGGAUUUGGGUAGUUAGGAAAAUGGAAGGUUUUCCUGCACCCAGGCAGUAUCCUAUGUUAUUCAAUAAGGUGCCUGCAACAAGUCUUUUGGUAUCUAUUGAAGCAUACGUCAUGCUUUAGUUGCUAAUAAGUAGAUUUCUAUUGUCACGGUUGAUUUAAUUUAUUGUCGUCCACAUUUUGUGUUUCGUUGCUGAAAUUUACGAACAUUAAAGAAGUCUUGCAUGAAAACCAGAUCUGCAAUUUCAGUGCAAAGAUUGGGGUUUAUGGACGUUGAUGAACUAUGCUUUCCAUCUUACUUCAUGCCCACAGUUCCCAUAGCUGAGUGUGGCUACAGAGUUAGGCUUUGUCUGUUUCUGCAAUAGCCACACACGUCCAUCCACAAUCGUUAAGAUACCUCAGGAAUAACCAGUGUGUCAAAAGCAUGAUCCUAAACGUUGUAUCUGUUAGUCUUUGUAUGUAUAGGGAUUUGCUAUAAAUAUAAAGCUCAUUAGUAUGUAGUGGUUUUGAAACUCAGCAAGCACUCAUUGCACUACACAUCCUGGUAAUCUAUCCUCACAUUAAUCACUGGUAUCCAACUCCCAAAAGUAUUCUUACAAAAACACAUACAAUAGCUUUAGAUAACUGAAAAUCUUUUCUCACUAUAGCACUCCUGUAAAUAGAUAGUAGGCAACAUUUUCCUCAACUUGGUAAGCUUUCAUAUUUUUCAUUUUAACGCUUAAACUAUGUCAUACUUUUACAUGUAUACUUGUCCAUUACUGAGCUUUAACUGAUUGUAAAGUGAUCGAAGAUUCACAAAUGAUUACUGGUCACGUUUCAUAACUUGCUUUUUUCCUUCAUUUUGCACUGUUGGUAUUUUGCCGCUGUUCUUCCUGAUUUUGUCUGCAUACCUGCACAAACUUAUUAAAUAUAUUUUUACUAUCUG